CGCCAAUGGAAACUAGUAGUUUCCAAACUUGUUCCCAGAGGACGUCCCUGGAUAUGUUUUCUGCUUAUGACGAAAUGAGAACUUGUGUGAGUUGUUCUACAUGGAUUUGAUGGAUUACCAAGUUCUAAAUUGCCUUAUUGAAUUUAAAUGGAGGAUUACAAGUUUUUGUUCAAAGUUGUCCUCGUUGGAAACGCGGGCGUUGGGAAAACUUGCCUCGUUAGACGCUUUACACAGGGUUUGUUUCCACCUGGCCAAGGCGCUACAAUAGGAGUCGAUUUUAUGAUUAAAACAGUGGAAGUCGAUAAUGAGAAGGUUAAGCUCCAGAUUUGGGAUACAGCUGGUCAGGAAAGAUUCCGUUCUAUAACACAAAGCUAUUACCGUUCAGCUCAUGCCCUUAUACUGGUCUAUGAUAUAAGCUGUCAACCAACAUUUGAUUGCCUUCCAGACUGGUUGCGUGAAAUCGAAGAGUACGCAAGCAGUAAAGUCUUAAGGGUGCUAGUAGGAAAUAAAACUGACCGUGAAGACAGGGAAAUACCAACCCAUGUAGGAGAAGAAUUUGCCCGGUGUCACGACAUGUACUACCUCGAAACAUCUGCCAAAGAGGCUGAUAAUGUUGAAAGGCUUUUUAUGGAAAUUGCUGCAGAGCUCAUAGAGCAAGCAAAGAGUAAGGAAUUGCCAAGAUAUGAUGGAAGUGGUGCACCAUCACUGGAAGGCCGCACAACUACUGUUGGAGACAAUACUGGUGGGUGUUGCUCUCGCCUCUAGUGAACAACAGCACAAAUUGAAUGGAAGGCUUUAUUUUUCAAGUGAUGCUUCCAAUCCUAUCUACUGAACUCAGUCAUUCCACUGAAAUUGGUGAUAUUGCUUGUAAAGAAAAUUUUUUCACAUCGUGUAAUCAUAUUGCCUCAACAGUAAAUUUUUUCCUGUUAGUGUUAUUUACAUUGGCAGCAUAGCAGCCUUCUGCACACAGUGAUCACUACCUACAUGUGCACUCUCUCGCCUGUGUUGAUUUAUAAUUGUUGAUGAUGAUUGUACACGGUUUCUUUUAACCUGGCUUUGACAGUAUCAUAGAAUUUAUUCCACCUAAGCUUCAUUUUAUUAUGGUUGCUUGUUCCUGUGUUUGUUGUCGUAAUGAUUACAGUGAAUAUUGUUACAGUUA